UUCACGGAUGGCCUCUCCUGGAAUGAUUGACAGCUGUCCUAAAUGUUUUCUAUGUGUGAAGAAUGAUGGACUUCAAGUUCUAUGAAAAAGUAAUGGGCUACCUGUGCUGGUCUACCACACAAAAACGAAAGGACCUACGUGGACGUCUGUGGUUUACAAGUAGGCACCAAAAAGAUGACAAAUCAAAAUAUCUGAAAUAUUUUGCUUUGGUGGAACAAACUGAACUUUUUGGGGUCAGAGCGUUGCGACAACCAUCGGGGGAACUCCCUCCAACUUACGCACGGACACGCUGCCCCGGCACAUGUGUGCGCCUCUGAUAACGCAAUCAGAGCUGAACGGGCAGCGGCACCAAGGCGUGUGGCCACGGGCGAGAAGCUGGAUUGGGUUUGGAGAAAGAAAAAAGACGUGUCAGCUGUGAAAGUAAACAGAAAACACCGAGUGGGUGACGCCCACAACGUGAGCGUCACCCACUCGGCUAAAGUUUGGGUAACUUUUGCCAUUUAAAGCCCCCCGAGGCGAGUGAGGGCUGGGAGUGUUGACUGCAGCUGACCGCAGGCUUCCUCUGAGGACGCGAUGGACAUACUUCCCUGCGUGUCCUUUGUGGACCAAACGGCGCAGAGGGACUUUGAAAAAAAGGUCUUUGUUAACAGGAGCCUGACACUGGAAAAUAUCAAGUGCUAUGGCUUUGACAUGGACUACACACUUGCAAUGUACAAAUCCCCCGACUAUGAGAGCAUGGGCUUUGAGCUGAUAAGAGACAGAAUGGUGUCUAUCGGAUACCCUCAUGAGCUUCUUCGCUACUCAUAUGACCCAAGCUUCCCCACUCGUGGAAUAGUUUUUGACACCACAUUAGGGAACCUGCUGAAGGUGGAUUCUAACGGCAACGUCUUAGUUUGCAGUCAUGGUUUCCGCUUCCUUAGAGAGGAAGACAUUGAUUACUACUACCCAAACAAGUUCAUCCAAAGAGACGACACUGACCGGUUUUACAUUCUCAACACCCUCUUCAAUCUAUCAGAGACUUACCUUUAUGCCUGCCUGGUGGAUUUCUUUACCCGAUGCUCCAGAUAUACAAACAUCCGGAAAGGUUUCCAGCAUGGCGACUUGUUUAUGUCCUACAGAAGCAUGUUCCAGGAUGUUCGAGAUGCAAUGGACUUUAUUCACGAUACGGGAACCCUGAAAGAGAACACGAUCAAGAAUUUGGAGAAGUAUGUCGUCAGAGACCCAAGCAUCCCUGUGCUCCUGACGCGGAUUAAAGAGGUGGCAAAGAUCUUCCUGGCUACCAACAGUGACUACAACUACACAGACGCCAUCAUGAAGUACCUGCUGGAAGCUAAUCCAAAGCCUGGAAGCCCCAAAAGGCCCUGGCGCUCCUUCUUCGACCUUGUUGUCGUCGACACCAAAAAGCCACUGUUCUUCGCAGAUGGCACCGUGCUGAGACAAGUGGACACGGACACAGGGAAGCUGCGCAUCGGGACGUACACUGGUGACCUGCAGCUCGGUACAGUUUACUCUGGAGGAUCUUCAGACCUCAUCUCUGAUCUGCUGGAUGUCAGAGGCAAGGACAUCAUCUAUGUUGGAGAUCACAUCUUUGGGGACAUCCUCAAAUCAAAGAAACGUCAAGGCUGGAAGACCUUUCUGGUCGUGCCUGAGCUCACCAAGGAGCUGCAAGUGUGGGAGGAAAGGAAAAAUCUCUUUGAGGAGCUGAAACGCCUUGAUUUCUUCUUAGCUGAAAUGUACAAGCAUUUAGACAGCGGCAGCAAGGACUGUCCUGACAUCAGCACCAUUCAGACAAGAAUAAAGGUGCUGACCCACAGAAUGGACAUGGCCUACGGCCAGAUGGGCAGCCUCCUGCGCAGCGGCUACACGCAGACACUGUUCGCCAGCCAGCUGAUUCGCUAUGCAGAUCUGUACUCCUCCACCUGCAUCAACCUGCUGCACUACCCCUUCAAUUACCUCUUCAUGGCUCCCCCAGUCCUGAUGCCCCAUGAGACAGCUUCCCAAACUGCCGACGUUUCUCCAGAGCAGUAGAAUUUGAACAACCAGGCGGUCAUGGCAAACAGCAACUAAGAUGGAUCUUAGUGUUUUUUUUUUUCUUCACGAAGCAGAAGGUUCCUGUCUGCAGCAGCACACAGAUGCUGGGCUCGUCACACCCCUUUAGGACAACUACUGCGCCAUCUGCUGGAUAGAUCAUGCUGUGCCAGAAAAGGUUUACACUGAAAGGUUUAGGAUUGUUAUUAUACAUACGAAUGUUUUAUAUCUAAUGGGGCAGAAUGCACUUUUACUCUAAGGUUUGUGUAAUGGUUUUAAAAACACCACUUGUAUUUAUUCAUUGUUUGUGCAACUUCUGCUGAAUGAACCCAAUAAACCCCUGCUAUGAA